CUGCAGUACCUGCUGGAGGAGGCUCAUCACCAUGUCGCUAAAGGCUGGAAAUGUCAGUGUACAGGCUGGCACUGGUUUCUGGAAUAGUGCAAAACCAGCUCAGUACAGCAAAGAAACAAAGGAAAUGCUGAGAGUUAUGAUGCAGGAAUCCAAGCUCACAAACUUCCAGCAGCGUCAGAUACGGGAACGAAUACAGCGUGGAGACACACUACCAACCCAAUGUCAUCCUAGCUCUAGCAAUACGGGAGAGAGUAAAAAAAUCGUCACAACUCGGGUAAAUGCAUCUAUCCAACGCAACAGACCCAGCUUGCGACCUGCAGAGAUGUGCCGUGCUGGGGAUGCUUACAGCAGAGACAAGUUCCACCCUCGCCCUACAAGAGAUCUAAACAAGGAGAAAUCUAAACUACAACACAUCAUGGCCACUGGGAAGGACCUACCUGAGCCAAAAUGUGCAACCCCACAAAUGGAAGAACCUCUGGAAGAGAAGGACAGAUUUGAUGAAUUGGUGGCUGAAAUCCAAGAGAGAUGGGAUUUCCUGGGCGAAAUGGAAGCUUUGGGUCGUGGAAAACAAUAUAGCAAUAUGAUCAACACAGAGAUUUCUCAGAAGCUGCGUGAGUUGGAAGUGAUUGAUAAACAGAGAUGUUCAGAACUAAGGGACGCAUUACAGCAAUCUGUUAACACCAACCCUGAUCCAUCAUAAAUGGUUCCAUAUUCUUAGAAACAAUGGCAUCUAUAAAAGCAAUACUUCACUGCCCAAAAAUGGCUCAUAAUUCAUCAUCCAUGUUGUAGUCUUACUGAUCAGCCAUCUUGUUUUAUGAAUCUUUACUCUACAUUCCAUAAUUAUUCAGUUGGUUAGUAUGCUCGUAGCAAAGUAUAACCAAAUCUCACAAUAAGAAAGAUAAAAAAAUCUAAAUAAUACCACCUAGCACUCAAAAUCCACAGCAUGUUUAAUUGGCCAAAACAAAAAGUAACAAACGGGGAAUGGUCACACCAAACAAAGAAUGCUUUUUGGACCUACAGGUCCUUAAACAUAGGAGUGUCUAAGGAUCUGUAGGUUUGAAACGCAUUUGGUGUUUAGCAUGACCUUUCCCAGUUUGUUACUUUUUAAAUACCGGUUAUACCUCCUGUGGUCUCUGAGUGCUUGCAGUGGUAUUAUUUAGAUUUUUAUUACUGGAUUUGCUGUUCCCAGUUGGCGAUCUGUCUUUCAUCUGGGUGGAAACUUGGUGUUCCCAUUACUUUUAUGGUUUUUCAUUUAUGCUCAGAAACUUACGCUAGUGGCGUAUUGGAGUUUUGCUGCCCCAGUUCAAAGUUUUUUUUUUUUUUUUUUAAUUUCUCACAAUAAUACACGUUCAUAUAACAUCUAACUUCAUGCAUUAAACUACCCUAGGAACCUGACUGCAUAAGUAAGAUUUUCAUCUCUGUUCUGGUCACAAAUGCCCCCAAACAAUUAGAAUAUUGACUGAGUUUUGCAGCACAAAAUGCAAAUACUUCACUAAUGCAACACCACGUUUAUUUGUACAGGACAGCAAAUAUUUCAGGCAGUACCCCUUUAUCAACGCACAAUGCCCUUCACUACGAAAGGACCACUGUCCGAGACAUUGCUGUCCUGAAAGAUUUUCGGAUAAAUGAAUGGUUGCAUGAGUGAACCCACUUUGCAUCCAAUUUGGGCAUUUAUUUUUCUCUAUUGUAGCAUGUUGGCCUAAAGAAAGCAAAGGCAACUGUUGGCACCCAUGGCAGCAUUGAUGGUAGUAGCAGUGGAAUUUAUCUUAGGUACUGCAGUGACUUUAUUUUUAUAUGUUGUGAUGUGCUUGGCUAAUUUUAAAACAAGGUUAGGCUAAUCAUUGGUUAUAGCAUGAACAUGUUGCUGCUGAAGGGGUUGAACUAUUUGUAGAUUAGACCAAAAAAAAUGUAGAUAAAAUGAAAGUUAAACAAUUUUGCACACAGACCGUUAAGAUAAGAACUGAUAUCAAAUAAACACUUGAAACCCA